CUAAAGCCAGCUGCAAAGGCCAUGCAGCUGUGAAGGGCCAGCUAGUGAAGAGCUGGGAUCCACCCGGCCUGAGGAGCCGGAAGCAGAAUGGAGAGGCGCAGAGCGACAGUGGGUAUCCUUCAUCUUGCCCUCAGCCCUAACAAGAAAAACCAUUCGCCGCUCCGCGACCGAGGUGGGCGCAAAACCGCUGAGAAGAAAUUAGAACGCUCCUCUCUCCACAGAGGCCCCACCCCGCUGCACCUGCACUGCAGCCCGCUCUCGGCGCCCCCGCAGCCCCUGGCCCACCAGUUCCUGGGUCCCGCUGCAUCCCACCCGUCCCACCAGAGCCGCUGCAGCCUCGGCACCUCCCCGCAGCUGCUGGACAGCACCGAGGUGGGGUCGGCCCGGAGACCGCUCCGACCCGAACCGACCCGCAGCCUGAGGAAACAAGAAGGUCGGAGGAGUUCUAACAGCAGCGCGUCACUUACUCAGGCGCCUCCUCCGUCCGCUGCCGCCCAGCGAUCGCCAGUCGCGAUCCUGACGCCCUUUGAGGGGUUGGCCACCCUCAACCGGCGGCUUAUAGCUGGGCCCGCCCCCCGACCCCCGAGACUUGCGUCACUUCCUGCCUCACGUACACCUAACGAGGGAGCCAUUCUUGUCAGUGGGCGAGAUCCAAGUUCCUACUUUGGCUUCAUUAAGGGACAGGUUGGCAGAAGCUUGUGAGUUCCAGGCAAUGACACUUAUACUUGAUGGGAUAUCAAAGACAAAUGGCCAAUACAGAAGGACCACUGAAAUGGACCUAUCAUUAUACUUCUAAGAAUUUUUGUGAAAAUAAACUAGACAUCAGAAG